AUGGCCUCAAAUAAUCCUAUUAGUCAUUAAUCAUCAAUCACCAACUUCCAUGUCAUGUAGAAACUAGGUGAGGGUGCUUACAGUCAAGUAUUCAAAGUCAAAAGAAUAUCAGAUGGAGCAGAAUACGCAAUGAAGAAAGUAAAAAUGAUUAAACUUUCUGAAAGAGAAAGGCAAAAUGCUGUGAACGAAGUCCGCAUCUUAGCAUCAAUACAGCAUCCAAAUAUCAUUGCCUACAAGGAGGCAUUCUUUGAGGAUUCAACAUCUUGUUUGUGUAUUAUUAUGGAAUACGCUGAUGGUGGAGAUCUUCUUAAAUAAAUUAAUAAUCACAAACGAAAGGGAACGAACUUUUCUGAGAAGGAGUCUUGGUACUAUUUUAUUUAAAUGGUAAGAGGAUUGAAGGCUCUACAUGACUUAAAAAUAUGUCACAGAGACAUUAAAUGCGCCAAUUUGUUUUUAACAAAAGAAGGCAUCGUAAAGCUAGGUGAUCUCAACGUAUCAAAGGUCGCUAAAAAAGGUAUGCUUCAUACCCAAACAGGAACCCCUUACUACGCAUCACCUGAGGUUUGGAAGGAUAAGCCAUAUGAUCAUAGAAGUGAUAUUUGGUCACUUGGAUGUGUUCUUUAUGAAAUGCUAACACUUAAUCCACCUUUUAGAGCACCUAACAUGAACGGAUUAUAUCACAAAGUAUUAAGAGGUCUUUACGAUCCAGUUCCUUCAAUGUACACAAAGGAUCUAUAAUUUAUGGUUCGAAAUUGUCUCCAAGUUUCCCCAGUAGCGAGACCAAGUUGCGAGAAAAUACUAGCAAUGCCUGGACUCUUAAACCAUUUAACUGGAACAUUAGAAAGAAUAGAUGUCUCAAUAGAUGUAGAGAAUGAUGCUCUUCUCAAUACUAUCAAGGUACCAAAGGAUCUCGGAUAAAUAACAGAGAGAUUACCAAAACCCCAAUACAAUGUGAUGAGAAGGAUAAACAGUCUUCCUCCUGAGCAGUAAGAAGGUUUAUAAGAAGAUAAGGAAAAUUUGAUUCAGAUAGCUCAUAAAAUGUUUGAUAAUCAUAAGAGGAUUGCAGGAGGCUUGGCAAAUAAUAUUUAUGAGGAGAGGAAAAGAAGUGUCCUUGCAACAAUAGAGGAAAAUGUACCUCCCUCAAGAGAAUACGAUAGACCAAGAGAAUUUAAUUAUGAUAACCCGAGAAGUGCUGAGCCUAACUUACAAAAAAGCAAGGCAAGAAACCUUCAUAACAUUGAAAAGGAUGCAAUAAUUCAUGAAACAAGAACCCCUCACUAUAUGAAUAACCAAAAGUAAAAAGCUAGAGACUUGAUAUCUCACUAAUCUCAGUAAAGUAAUCAGGGUGUUUAUUUGCCCAGAAUUUAAUCGACAAGAGCAAGUGAGAUAACAGGAAUCAAUCAAAGGAGGGGAGUAUAUAGUAGAAAUAGUCCUGAUAUCUAAUCAACUAACAGUUCUAUCUUACCUGGAAUUAGAGGAGCCUAGAGCAGAAAUUCUGAGAAUACUAAUCCAAUUUAUAUGAAUAAAGGUACAGAUAUUGUUCAUCAAUAGAAGAAUUAUCUUCACUAAAAGAAAAUCCUUCAAUAAAUUUAUGGAGCUUAUCAAAUUCCUAGUCACAGAAGACUUUAAGUCUUGAGUGAAGAACUACCAGAGUCAAGAAUUCAUCCUAGAUAUAUUAUAUGA